AUGACUCCAGAAAGACAAGACUCCCGUUUGUGGGGAGCUCAAGAAAAGAGAGAGAAAGCAGACGCAGAGGCUCCCCAGAAAACCUAUGCAUGCCCCAAGCCCUGUGCAUGUCAGGACUGUGGGAGGGCCUUUGGUCACAGCUCAGCACUCAGCGACCACCACCGGACGCACACCGGAGAGAGGCCCUACGGGUGUGGGGAGUGUGGGAAGAGCUUCCUCAGCAGCUCGGCACUGACCAAGCACCAGCGCAUCCACACAGGCGAGAAGCCCUACCCGUGCCCGCAGUGCGGCAGGACCUUCACGCAGAUGGCCCCGCUGGUCCAGCACCAGCGCACGCACACAGGUGAGAAGCCCUACACCUGUGCCGAGUGCGGGAAAGCCUUCAGCUUCAGGUCCUCCUUUAGCCAGCACCAGCGCAUGCACACAGGGGAGAAGCCAUACGUAUGCGGGGCCUGCGGGAAGGCCUUCCGCCAGAGCGUCCACCUGACGCAGCACCUGCGCGUGCACACCGGAGAGAAGCCCUACGCGUGCACCGAGUGCGGCAAGGCCUUCACGCACCGCUCGACCCUGACCAAGCACCAGCGCAUCCACACGGGCGAGAAGCCCUACGUGUGCCACGCCUGUGGCAAGGCCUUCACGCAGAUCACGCCGCUGGUCCACCACCAGCGCACGCACACCGGCGAGAAGCCCUAUGAGUGCGGCGAGUGUGGCAAGGCCUUCAGCCAGAGCACACUCCUCACGGAGCACCGCCGGAUCCACACGGGCGAGAAGCCCUACGGCUGCCACGAGUGCGGCAAGACCUUCACCCACAGCUCGUCGCUCAGUCAGCACGAGCGCACGCACACGGGCGAGAAGCCCUACGAGUGCAAGGACUGUGGCAAGGCCUUCCGCCAGAGCACACACCUCACGCAGCACCUGCGCGGGCACACCGGCGAGAAGCCCUACCGCUGCGGCGACUGCGGCAAGGCCUUCAGCCGCAGCUCGUCCCUCUCCAAGCACCAGCGCAUCCACACGGACGAGAAGCCCUACGUGUGCCACGCCUGCGGCCGCGCCUUCAGCCAGCUCGCGCCCCUCGUGCAGCACCAGUGCGUCCACACCGGCGAGAAGCCCUACGAGUGCGGCGAGUGCGGCUGCGCCUUCAGCCAGAGCUCCCUGCUCAUAGAGCACCAGAGGAUCCACACCAAGGAGAAGCCCUACAGCUGUCACGAGUGCGGCAAAUCCUUCAGCCACAGCUCGUCGCUCAGCCAGCACAAGCGCACGCACACGGGCGAGAAGCCCUACGAGUGCAAGGACUGUGGCAAGGCCUUCCGCCAGAGCACGCACCUCACGCAGCACCACAGGAUCCACACAGGGGAGAGGCCGUACAAGUGCCAGGAGUGCGGGCGGGCCUUCACGCACAGCUCCUCGCUCACCAAACACCAGAGGACCCACACUGGGUAG